AUGGAACGGCCGAGCUUGUCUGCUUCGAAUCCUCUUGCAUCAAACACGAGCGACAGCGACAAUUUGACUGCCAUCACAACAGGUCGAGACCACCACGGGCCCGAAUAUGAGGCCAUUCGUGCGGAUACACUCAGUCGCCGACAGACUAAUUUGAAUGAUGUCGAGCUAGAGCGUAUCGAAACCUAUCGACUGCAACACCGGUCUACUGUUGGAUCUGGAGCUCCCUUACCAAGAGAAGAAUGGAUGCCAAUGGGUGCUGGAAAGCCUUAUCCACCUGAGCUACCUGAUCCCGAACAAUUCGUUGUAGAAUUCACGGACGCGAAUGAUCCCUUGCAUCCUCAAAAUUGGCCGUUGCGGCGAAAGAUAGCAAUUUCCAUCGUUCUGGCAUAUUCGACAUUUGUCUCAUCCUUUGCCAGUGCUAUUUACUCUUCAGCCGUGAGCGAAAUAGGGCCUCACUUUCACAUUAGCACAGAAGUUGCUAUCCUUGGUGUGACCCUGUAUGUCCUGGGGUUUGCUUCGGGCCCUACUUUAUGGGCUCCAGCUAGCGAAUUGAUUGGGAGAAGAUGGCCUAUAAUUGUGGGGGUAUUUGGCUACUCGAUCUUUACUGUCGGGACUGCAACUUGCAAAGACGUUCAGACCCUCAUGCUGACCCGGUUUUUUGCUGGAUUUUUUGCAGCAAGCCCAAUCGCAAUUGUGCCGGCCGUUUUCGCAGAUAUCUACAACAAUCAGACGCGUGGCGUGGCAAUAGCUAUGUUCGCUAUGGCGGUCUUUGUUGGCCCUUUUGCAUCGCCCUUCACAGGAGGUUUCAUCACUAUGUCAUACCUUGGCUGGAGAUGGACCAUGUAUAUCGCAUGCAUCAUGGGGUUUUUUUCUACGGUGCUAUGCCUGUUCUUUUUGAAAGAAACCUAUGCACCUGCCAUUCUUGUGGAGAAGGCUACCAAUCUACGCAGACAAACACACAACUGGGGCAUUCGAGCAAGACAAGAGGAGGUAGAAUUGGAUUGGGAAGAGUUGAUAACCAACAACUUUAGCCGGCCAUUCCGCAUGCUGUUCACUGAACCCAUUGUAUUUUUGAUAUCUUUGUGGAUGAGUUUUGUAUACGGCCUGAUGUAUGCUCUUCUAAGUGCUUACCCUGUCGUAUUCGAAGGAAUUCAUGGCAUGAAUCUUGGCGUUGGCAGUUUGCCAUUUAUCGGGCUCAUCAUUGGCGAGCUGCUUGCCGGAGGAUACAUUCUUCUAGAUCAGAGAUCAUACUCCAAGAAGUUAGCAGCUAACAACAAUAUUCCCAUUCCUGAAUGGCGUCUCCCGCCAUCGAUACUGGGAGGCGUGUGUUUCACAGUCGGCUUAUUCUGGUUUGGUUGGACUGGGUGGACACGAUCAAUACAUUGGAUGGCACCGACUGCGAGUGGAGUUGUCACUGGUUUUGGCAUCUAUGUCAUUUUUCUCCAGUGUUUCAACUACUUGAUCGACUCCUACCUCACAUUUGCCGCUUCCGUAUUUGCUGCAAAUACAAUCAUUCGGUCCGCCGUCGGGGCUGCCUUCCCUCUUUUCUCGAAGCAGAUGUUCAACAACCUCGGAGUGCAGUGGGCUGGUACUCUUCUAGGUUGCCUGGCUGCUAUCAUGGUUCCCAUCCCUUUGGUAUUCAUUAAGCUGGGUCCUAUUCUCCGGAAAAGAUCUAAAUUUGCGCCCAGUUUUACUUCCCACCAAAAUAUCAAGUCCGAGAGCGAAUCGCACGCAUCCGCAUGA